ACGCCGUAUUUUAUGUAAAUAAAAUUAUAAAAAUCGCAAAAAAUAUUUAAAAAAUUAACCUAAAAAAUCCCUCUCAGCCACAAGCAACCCAGUCACUCCAAUUUCUCUCUCUCCUCGAUACAUAACACUUAUAUUUAGUAAUACUAUAUAAUUUUUAAUUUUUAUUUUACAGUAUAUACUACAUUUUUAUUUUUAUUUUACAGUAUAUAAAAUUUGGGUUAAAGAAAAAAAAAGCAAAUUAUCUGUAUUUAUUAACAAACUCACUAGAGAGUAUUAAUUGGGAUAAGGGAGAGUACUUUGGGAAGGAUAGGAUUUUAUAUAUAUUGAUUCUGUAAAUCAAUUAAUGCUCAAACAAACGAAGUUUUGGUAAGUAUCCGUUAAAUAUGUGCUGGCAAAAUAUGAUGACGUGGAGUAAUUUAAGUGGCGGGAAACAAAAAGGGAAACGCUAAGUACAUUUCUUCUCAUUAAACUUGAUGGUCACGAAUUCAAAAUCCAACCUUUAAAUACAACUUCCCUCCUUACCAUUACAGCAACGGCUAUUUCUCUCUCUACAUCCUUCUUCUUCUUCGUUUUCUUACACUAGAGCUCCUUACGAUUACAGCUACAGCUCUUUCUCUCUCUACAUAGUUCUUCGUUUUCUUACACUAGCUCUCUUCAAUGGCAAUAGCGACAGCAAUCACUCAAGUAGUCAUCCGAGAGGUAUGGAGAGAAAAUCUCCUUGAAGAGUUUCAACUGAUCGGGAAAUUGAUUCACGAUCGUUAUCGUUACAUUUCAUUCGAUACUGAGUUUCCAGGCUGUGUAUUUCGACCUCCAACAAUCCCCAAUCGCCAUUACAAAAUUCACCCCAUUGAUCAGUACCGACUGAUCAAACAGAAUGUGGAUAUUCUCAAUCUCAUCCAAUUGGGUCUCACCCUUACCGAUUCCGACGGUAACUUUCCUGACCUCGGCGGCCAAACAUCGGUGGUUUGGCAAUUUAACUUCUGUGAUUUCGACAUAAACCGCCAUAGGUGCGCACUAGAUUCUAUAGAUUUGUUAAAGAAACAGGGGAUAGAUUUCGAGAGAAAUCUCACCCACGGAAUCAACUCUGCCCACUUUGCUAAUCUGAUGUACCACUAUAGGCUCGUGUUCAACAGAGAUAUUACAUGGAUUACCUUCCACAGUGCCUAUGAUUUUGGGUAUUUGGUAAAGAUUCUUACUGGUUGUUUCCUUCCUCACUUUUUGCCUGAUUUUCUAUAUCUCGUGAGCCACUUCUUUGGUCAAAAUGUGUAUGACAUGAAGUACAUGAUGGGUUUUUUUCCUGGUCUGUAUGGUGGUUUGGAAAGUCUGGCUAGUACAUUGCAGAUCGUAAGGGAAGUUGGGUUGAGCCAUCAGGCUGGUUCGGAUAGUUUGCUCACAUGGAGGACUUUUCAAAAGAUGAGAUUGACCUGUUUUGACUCUGAUCAAAAGGAGUUGAGGAAGUAUGCUGGUGUUUUGUAUGGCUUAAAAAUUUGAGUGCCUCACUCUAGUUUAUAUGAAUAUGAAUAUAGAUAAGAUAGGAUAUAUACAUAUAUUACUGAUUAAUGUAGUAGUAUCUUUUGUAAAGUAAUAUAGCUAAGACCUCUUCAAGCAAUUUUGAAUUAUGGUUAUAAAUACUAUUUUGUUUGACUUAAUUGAUGAUUUGGACUUAUUAUGAUCAGUUUUUCCUUUUUUUUACUGUUACUAUAUUUUAUGCUUUUGGAUAAUACUUGGUACUUUUAGAUUAAUUAAACAUUUCAGAAGGUAAGAUUGACCUGUUUUGACUCUGAUGAAAAGUAGUUGACAAAGUAUGUUGGUGUUUUCUAUGGCUUUGAAAUUUGCUGUGCUUCACUCUAGUUUAAUGUAAGCAAUUUUGAUUUGUGAUUAUAAAUACUAGUUUUGUUGACUUAAUUGGUAAUUAUGACUUAAAGAUCAGUGCGUUUUUCAAGACAUGCAAAACAAAAAUACUGCUACUAUGCUUUUGGAUCAUAGUUGGUACUUUUGGAUUUAUUAAAUCCUAUUGAAUAAAAAAAAGUCAACGUAAUUUGGAGGGUAAAGUAAUGACAAUAGUGAAUGUUUCAUGCCAAAAAUGCUAUUUUGUGAAUCAAAGGUGUUUGGUUGGAGAGAGAGGAAAGGCCAAAAAUGUUUGAGAGGCUUGACCUAAGGAGGCUUGGCUCAACAAUCUCACUUCUCUUGAGGGUUUGAAGCUGUGUACAAAUUUGAGAUGGUUAUCAGUCACGGAGAACAAAUUGGAGAGCUUGAAAGGAAUUGAACCACUUACUCAGUUCACUUUAUACAGAACUUAGAUUUGGGAUAUAAUCGCUGACCGUGAAAUAUCAGUGAAGAAGAUCAAAAAUACAUUCCCAAACUUGCAUGUGUUCAAUGCGAAACCAAUGAACCAACGCACCAAGAAUGACUUGGAUUCUUCUGUUGCUGCUGACAAAGAUCCAGAAACUCAAACAUGUCAACCGCAAGAACUCUAAAGAUUCUGUCGCGGAUCAGGAUAGUCCAAGUGAUUUUGUUACGAGAGACACCAAAAUCCUGAUCUGGAAAGAAGUUUGGUGAAGAAACUACCAAAAACAUCAAAGACAAAAGGGAGUGACCCGGAUGUUAUUGAUGACAGUGAGGCUUCAUUCAUGGAGCUUCUAUCAAGUGUUGGUGAAGAAGUUCCCGACUACAAAAGGGAAAAGAAGUUUGGUGACAAGUCUGGAGGUGUCAUAGUAACCUUCCCAAGUAAGACGAAGAAAGCCAAAUCCCAAAGUACAGGUUUUGUCUUAAGUCUCUCACCCCAAGUUGAAGUUGGAAUCGGUGGCCCGUGGCGUGGCCCCUCAACAUGGGGUCAUUAGUGGUCAAUCUAUUUCUCGUUACUCAUUUUGUGUACAGUAUUUUAGUAACUACAAUAUUCACUUUUGGUUCUAGUUUUUCUUUUCUUUUUCAUGUAUAUAUUUUGAUUAAUAGUUAUAGUGUUUUUUUUUUCUUAUAAGUAAAAUAGCUGUAGUGUUGAAAACACAAUAAUGGGAUAUGAUGAAAAAUAUUAUGAAAGGGUUGUAAUUUGAGUAUUUUUCUAAUAUUGUGAAAAAUAUUGUAAAUUAUAUACUUAAUUGUGAAAUACAACUCAUAUUCUCUGAUAAUAACUUUACUUUCUCUUUGGU